AUGGGCGGGGACGAGGCGGAGAAGCAGAAAUCGGACAAGGAGCAUGGGGGGAUCGGGAUGGGGAUGGUUCUGGAGCGAAGGGAGGAGAGGCGGGAGAAAAUCGCGCGGGAGUUUGUGCCGUUAGACCGGCUAGAUCGUGAGGAAAGGGGGCUGAGGGGAUUCGCGAAUGGCCUCUCGCGGAAAGAGACGGGAGGAGGUGGAGGAGCGGCGGAUACCGGGACUGGUAGUCGUGAGAGCAGUGCCAGUGGCAGCAGCGGUAGUGGUGGCAGUGGCAGCGGAGGAAGCAACUCCAACGGCGGUGCUGCUGCUGUAGGAGGUGCAGCAGGGGAAGGUGGGACAGGGGGUGAUAAGCACGACAGGGCAAGCUCGAGAGAUGGAGGGGGGGAGCAGCAAGGGAGCAACGGGAAGGUUAAGAGAGAGGCAACGCAGACCCAGCUAGACGAAGGCGAUAUCCCUCUGCUUAUGCCUUUAAAGGGGUUGUUUAAAAGCAAGGAUCUUGACGAGGAGAUUAAAGAGGAGGAGGAGGAGGAGCGGAAGAAGGGCGAGAGGGGGGCGGAGAGGAAGCGGCAGGUGGCGAGGCGGGAGUUUCGGAGCGAUGAUUGGAGUCACUUGGGGGAAACGAGGGCGGGGUUUUCGUCUAGUGAAAGCGGUGCUGGUGGUGGUGGUGGCGUUGCUGGUGCUGGGGGAGCGAACACUAUGGGUGCUGGGGAUCACAACGUGGGAGGUGAUGGGUCUGCCAGGGAUAGUGGUAGUGCUAGUAACGAAGCCAGCCAUAGCGCGUCAGGUGCCUCUAACGGAGUUUCACAGGCCACCGCAGGUACCACAGCCAGCACUGGUGCUACAAAAGAGGGCGAGAAUGGAGCUGCUAAGCCAAGUGUGACUAAAACGAACGAGACGAGUGGUGAGAAGGGCGGCGACGUGGGUCAGCUGGUGGGACGAAUCCUUGAUAGGCUGGACGAUAUGGAGGACGAGGGGGGUAAGUUCAACAAAACCCUCGAAAAACAAGAGGCAGUUCUGGAAACAGUCGCCCGGGUGGGUAAACACCACGUCCUAGAAGAGGUGAAGGAGAGGGAGCAGCGGGAGGAGCAGGAGGACCGACAGGUGUUAGAGGAAGCAGAAAGGGAGGAAGCCCAGGAGAAGAUGAAGCAGCUAGAGCAGGUAGCUCUAGCCAUGGCUGCUGCUGAAGCAGAAAAGAAGGCGAAAAAGAAAGGGGUGGCAGCGGUGGCGGCGGUGGUGAGUCAGGGGGUGAAGGCGAGUGAAGUGUCGCUUUUCGACCUGGUUUUUGGGCGGGAUAGCAGUGGGAAACAACCUCCCCCAGUUUCGCCCUCCCCCAGCCUCCGAACGAAGAACCUCACCAGGCUAGCCGCAGCUAAGAAGCGGUUUGCAGAGAGAGCAGGGCGGGGGGCGAGGGAGAAGGAGAGAUCGGAGAGGGUGGAGGAGGGGGAGAACGAUGUUCCAAGGCUGAUAGACUCGCAGGACAAUGAGUACGUUAUAAGCAGCCCCGGUAAGGGGUCGAAGAUGCAGCUGCAGGAGGACUUUAUGCUUAUAUCGGAUGUGGUGAUGGUGAUUGUGGCGGCGGCGCUGGGCGGGCUUGCGUGUGGGCUGGUGGGGCAGCCGAUCAUUCUGGGAUACAUCGUUGCAGGGAUGAUCAUUGGGCCUGGAGGGUUCGGCCUCAUUCACGAGCUUGUACAGGUUGAAACUCUAGCCCAAUUCGGAGUAGUCUUCCUACUCUUCGCCAUCGGGGUCGAGUUCAGUCUUGCCCGCAUGCAAGGCGUGCACGCGGUGGCGUUAGCGGGCGGCAUAAUUCAGAUCGGUCUGUCCAUGGUGCUGGGCGGCAUCGUCAGCUCCAACACGCCCCAGGGGCUGUUCAUAGGGGGGUUCCUCUCCAUGUCGUCCACUGCCGUGGUGCUGAAGUGUCUGAUGGACAUCAACAGCAUGGGCACCGAGCACGGGCAGAUCAUGCUCGGGACUCUCAUCUCCCAGGAUUGCGCCCUCGGCCUCCUCCUCGCAAUAAUGCCGGCGCUCGCCGCCCGCCCCGCCUCCGCCUCGGCCAUCCUGCUCGCGCUGCUCCGAGAGCUCCUGAUCCUCCUCGCCUUCGCUCUCAUUGCCUGGCUGCUAGCGCGCUUCUUCGUCCCCCGCUUCCUCCCGCUGCUGCUGCGCCUGGCACGGGGAUCGUUCAACAGUGAAAUCUAUCACUUAGGCGUGGUGGCGGUGUGCCUGUGCGUCGCUCUGCUCUCUGAAGGGCUUGGUCUGUCGCUGGAGGUCGGGGCGUUUGUCGCUGGCCUCAUGCUCUCAGGCAACAGCUACAGCGAGCGCACACUCCAUCAAGUGGAGCCCAUUCGGAACCUCUUUGCAGCGCUCUUCCUGGCGAGCAUAGGCAUGGUCAUGCACCCACUCUUCCUCUGGCAGCACAUCGACAUCCUCCUCAUUGCUGUCGCUGUGGUGUUCGUCUCCAAGGCCUGCCUUGUGGGCUUCGUGGUUCGGGCAUUCGGCUACAGCACCGGCACGGCAGCCUCGGUGGGAGUCGCUCUGGCUCAGAUCGGGGAGUUCUCCUUUGUGCUGCUCUCCCGAGCUCAAACCCUCAAGCUGGUCGGCCACAAGCUCUACCUCCUGCUCAUGGGCACCACCGCUCUCUCCCUCGUGCUCACCCCCUUCACCUUCCUCUUCGUCCCCCGCCUCGCCCUACUCUUCCCCUCCACUCGCUCCCGGCCCCGGGCUAAGGCGUCCGCGUCCCCCGCCCCUGCUGCUGCACAGGAGAAGAUCAAAUCGGGGUAUGGGAUCAAAUCGGCGGCUGUGAAUGGGGUGCAGCCACGCACCCGCAACGCUGCUAAAGCUGCAGGAACCUCAGGUGGUGGUGGUGCUGCUGCUGCUGCUGCUGCUGCUGGUACUGCUGCUGCUGCUGCUGCUGCUUCCAAUAAAAGGAGGUCACAGCAGGGGGGGCAACAGCAGGGGGGGAAGCAGGAGGGGCAGCACUGGGGGCAACAGCAGGGGCAGCAGCAGGAGCAGCAAUGGGGGCAAGAGGGGGGAGAAAUGGAGGAUGGGGAUCAGCGAGGGGGCUAUAGAUUCUCCACAGCUUCGUUUUUCACAAGUGCCUCCUUUCCCCUGCCACUACCCUGCCCCUCCCUUGCUGGAGCUGCUGCCACAUUGCCAAAGGGCCGGCGCUUCUUGUAG